CAUUUUCACUUUGAAGCCAAAUCGAAAUCAAUGACGGACAUCAACGUGUGCGACAUCGACCCGUCUGCGAUCGACAAGAUCAAAAAGUUCCGUUUCCGCAAGGCCAAGAACACUGGCGCCCUCAUCCUCAAGAUCGUUCCUGAGGAGCUCAAGUGCGUCAUCGAGCAGGAGCUGGACGACACGUCCCUCGCUGAACUGGCCAACGAGCUCCCCGACUCAUUCCCUCGCUAUGUCGUGUUCUCGACCGUCCACACGCACCCCGAUGGCCGUAUUUCGUACCCGCUGAUGCUCAUCUACAUUUCCCCUGCCGGCACCAAGCCUGAUUUGCACAUGAUGUACUCUGGCACCAAGACCGAGUUGGUUCGUCUUUCUGGCAUUACCAAGGUCUUUGAGGUGCGCAGCACUGAAGAACUUGACGACGAAUGGCUCGAAGAGAAGAUGGCCUUCUUCAAGUAAACGCGUCGUCAAGAUGGACCGAGUCCGAUGGUGUGUUGUUUUAGUUUUUUUGCUCCACCUCCCCUUGUUCAUUUGUUGAUAUGGCUCGAAACGCAUGUGGCUGGUACACCCAUAAACACAAUGGUUGCAAGAUGUUGUUUUCGAUUGUUCUCAACACGUUAGGGACAGACAGCCAACAUGCAGCAGUUUCGUCUCAUUUCUUUUUUUAAAAAAAAAAAAUUCUAGUCGA